AUGGCUUCUCAAACUGUGGUUACGGUCCAGCCCCAGUUUUCAAUUGCCCAACAGCCAGGGCAGUGGCAGACUGGGCUGCUGGACUGCUGCUCCAACUGUGGUGUCUGUUUGUGCGGGGCGUUCUGCCUCCCCUGCCUGAGCUGCCAAGUGGCCGGGGACAUGAACGAGUGCUGCCUGUGUGGCUCCAGCGUGGCCAUGAGGACCCUGUACCGCACCAGAUACAACAUCCCGGGCUCCAUCCUGGGAGACUUUUGCUCCAUCUGGUGGUGCACCCCGUGUGCGCUCUGCCAGCUCAAGAGGGACAUCAACCGGAGGAGGGAGAUGGGCAUCUUCUGGUAA